AUGUGUUUCCUCUGGUAUCAGAGUUUUGGCAUUAAGUUGAUAAGCAAUAAGAAGAGCCUAGCUUUGGAAGAGGCUGACAUGAAUGGCUGCUACUUCAAAGUGCUUGAGCUGGUGCUAGGUAUCCUGCAAGGCAACAAAGUCAACCAAGUGAAAAUCUUGCAGUACAUCGUAGAGUACAUUUUCAAUCUCCAGGUUGUGUUGGAAGAGCAGGUGAAUAAGGGACAAGAUCUGUCAGUCGAGGAUUCUCUGCUCUCUUUAAAACCAGCACAACUUGCACGAAAACUCAGCUCUGGGGAUGAGACGGCUCACUUCCAUUAA